GCAAGUUUAAUAUUUAAUAAUUAAGUACAAAAUGUUUUAAAACAAUUCGUGAAUAAGAGAGGAAUCGAAAUAGCAAAAAAGGAAACAUCAUUCGACAUGUAGAGCAAACGAAUUUCGGUAUAAAAGAAAAGCAAAAAUACUCAAUGCGAAAGCAAAUGUAAAGCAAAAAGCAAAGUAAGCAAAUGUCAGGCGAGCGGGUCCGAGAAGACACCAAACAAGCUGAAGAUAAGAAACUGAGUCGUGCGAUACGGUGCAGGGCACGACUCUGCCGGUCGGAUAAGGAGAAAAUCUGCGAACCGCAAGAGGCCUGAUAAGAGGGAAAAGUUGAAAGAAGAAAGAGGCAGCAGCGUGAGUGAGAAAGGAAGAAAGGUGCGCUUGCCACCUUGGUGACAAGGAUUGGUGGUUGGUGAGCAUGUCGCACGGCAGUGGUGGAGGUGGUGGCUUGGGCGGUGCUCCGACUGAAUAUCGUGAAGUACACUGGACCGUGUCGAGUGUUAUGGACUCUUCGCGCGUCUCCACGUGUCUCAUAUCGAUGCUGCUCAUUGUUUAUGGCAGUUUUCGUAGUCUUAAUAUCGAGCAGGAGGCGCGGGAGCGCGAACAAAAGAAGCGCAACGAAUCGACGACAAAUUUGCUGACAGGCGAGCAAGUUGAGAAAGAGCCAACAGAUAAGUUUGCCACCUUGGAUACAAUGCAUGCCCUCUGCCUGCCGUUGGGCGCCUCGGUUUCCCUGCUGAUCAUGUUCUUCUUUUUCGAUUCAAUGCAGCUGCUAUUUGCCGUGUGUACGGCCAUUAUCGCAACCGUUGCGUUGGCCUUCUUGCUGCUGCCAAUGUGCCAGUACAUUAUACGGCCGUGCACGGACGGCAAUCGCAUCUCGUUUGGCAUUUGCGGACGAUUUACGGCAGCCGAGCUCUUCAGCUUUACACUCUCCGUAUCCAUUGUAUGCAUUUGGGUGUUAACCGGGCACUGGCUGCUCAUGGAUGCAAUGGGCAUGGGUCUCUGCGUAGCAUUUAUUGCCUUUGUCCGUUUGCCAAGCUUGAAAGUUUCUACACUGCUGCUGACAGGGCUGCUCAUCUACGAUGUAUUCUGGGUGUUCUUCUCCUCGUACAUAUUUAGCACAAACGUGAUGGUUAAGGUGGCCACACGUCCUGCCGAGAAUCCUGUGGGCAUAGUUGCGCGCAAAUUGAAUUUGGGCGGAAUUGUGAGGGACACACCAAAGCUGAAUUUGCCGGGCAAAUUAGUUUUUCCAAGCAUACACAAUAGUGGCCACUUCUCGAUGCUCGGGCUGGGAGAUGUAGUUAUGCCCGGCCUCCUAUUAUGUUUCGUACUCCGCUAUGAUGCCUACAAGAAAUCGCAGGGUGUGACAUCAGAUCCAACGCUACCACCGCCAAAAGGUGUCGGCUCCAAGUUGACAUAUUUUCAUUGUUCCUUAUUGGGUUAUUUCUUGGGUCUGUUAACGGCUACGGUUAGCUCGGAGGUGUUCAAGGCCGCACAACCUGCCCUCUUAUAUUUAGUGCCGUUUACGUUAUUGCCACUAUUGUUGAUGGCCUACUUGAAGGGUGACUUGCGUCGCAUGUGGAGCGAACCAUUCAUAACGCAACCACCAUCAAAACAACUGGAAGUCUGAGUGUUCUCUGUUUAAACAAAAAAAGAAGAAAAAACACAAAAAAGAAAAUCACGCAAACACAAACAAACAAUUUAACACUAAUAUUCUCUCUUAAUACGUAUGUAUUUUUAGAUUAUAAGUAUCAAGUUUUUUAAUUUAGGAGAGUCUUUAUUCAGUAAAAAUAACAUGAAUUGACGUUUUAAGCUUAAGAGGGGAAAUUAAAACAGCACCUUUCAUGCAUCAAUACAUACAUACAUACAUAUAUUUACCUUCAUACAUACAUACGCAUAUGUAAAUGUGUGUGUCAUUGGCUUUAAGUUUCACAGUGAAAGAACGAAAGAACAUAAACCAUAAAAUAUACUUACAUAGGAGUAUUUAAAGCUGGCCGUAGUAUUAAAGUUAAAAAGAAGCAUCAAGCCAAUAUUUAAGUUUAAAUAUAAACACGAUAGUGAAAAUUUAGUAAUAGGGUUUUACCUUUAGAGCCGUUGAGAUUUUAUUUUCAUGGAUUAGUUAGUAGCGCUUUUUGUAAUUAUCCAAAACACAACUAAAAAAUCAUCGUUAAAUAUACAUGCGUGUGGGUGGGUCCUUAAAACAUUUAAGUAAAAUGUAAUGCAGGAGAUUUGUGGCACAAUUCUCUGGAAUUAGAAUUCGAAACACAAUAUGUCUGUUUGUAUAUACGUAUUUAAGUUUUAAACAAGUUUUCGUUCCGAUCAAAUUUUAAUAUCCUCAUCCAGUUUUUAAGUACAUAUUUAGUUUUUUCCUUCACGUUUCAUUUUAUCAAUACAUUUCCGUCCUCAUUUCUGUAUUUCACUUCAUUCAUAAAACUGUCGAACAAAAAACAAAAGCAAAAGGAAACACACAGACGUUGUUUUGCCAAAAUAUGUGUUCGUUUAUAUGUAAUAAAAAAAACGUGUGCACCUGUCACGAACUCUGUUUUUAAUUGAAUUGGAAUUAUCUAUUUUAUAACGCAGAGUAACAAUAAUAAUUUAACAUUAACAAAUACAUCAAGCUAGUUACAUGUUAAUAAUAAGUAAAUGCAAUUUCG